AUCACAUCCCCAGUUGUGGUCAACUUGUAUGAAGGGGCUAGGUGGUCCUCAGAGGAAAGGGGUGGAGAUAAAAACAAUAAGCUCAUGCCAAGUCCAGGGCACUUAAUUUAGCCAUAUAAGCAAGUGUGCAGCUUCCAGUCCGGGGUGACAGAGGCGACAGUCAAAGAUGAUUGCUUAUGUUUUGGCUAUUUAAUAUAUUAAUAUUUACAUAUUUUUUCGGACAAAUCAAACCAAGCCUAGUUCAGUUUUGCAUUGACAGCUGUUUUAAAAGGGAAUCGUUUUUUUUUUCUUUUCUUCAAGGCAACAGACAUCUGCUCCAAGCACAGGUGGCACCGCCAUGUCCACCGGCUCAAUAGCAAGUGAUGCUGAGGAUUUUAGCCCGUGUCAGAGAAGGACCACGCGGGGAACCGACUAUCACAACUCUCACCGCUGCACUGAAGACGACGAGGAGGAGUUCGACGAUCGAGUCCACGGGAAGGCCAAACCACAACCGACCGCGGCGCAGCUUUCCAACGCACCCCAGAGAGACAGUCGCCAGUGUCAGAGGAACGCAGCCAACGCCAGGGAAAGAGCGCGGAUGCGGGUGCUGAGCAAAGGGUUCUCCAGACUCAAGACCACCCUACCGUGGGUGCCGGCUGACACCAAGCUGUCCAAGCUGGACACGCUGAGGCUGGCGUCCAGCUACAUCUCCCACCUCCGACAGCUGCUGCAGGACGAGCGCUUUGAGCGCAGCCUCGUGCAUCCCGUCAACCUGACUUGGCCCUUCGUGAUGUCAGGGCGCUUAGAAGAGAAUGAAGACAACAUCAUGACUUCAGCUGGCCGGACACUCUGUGGAGCUUCAGCAUAGAGAUACUCUGUCUCUGUCUCUGUCUCUGUCUCUCUCUCUCUCUGUCUCUGUCUCUGUCUCUGUCUCUCUCUCUCUCUCUCUCUCUCUCUCUCUCUCUCUCUCUCUCUCUCGCUCUCUCCUCUCUCUCUCUCCUCUCUCUCUCUCUCUCUCUCUCUCGCUCUCUCUCCUCUCCUCUCUCUCUCUCUCUCUCUCUCUGCACUGAUGUGAUUAGGAGUUUUAUCCAAGGUGCCUUCAAUGGGUUCACUUUCUACAAAAGACCAG